GUAAAUGAACAGGGGUCGUGUACGUUCCGUCGGUUAUUGUUUCCUAUUUCUAGUUAUUAUUUCUAUGAGUUAUUAUUUAUAUUAUUUAUAUUCUAUUUUUUAAAAAGGUCGUCUGUCAUUUCAAAUUUGGUCUGAGACAUUUGAAUAUGAGAAUCCAAAAGUAAUCCAAUGUUUCAAGGGGUGCGACACUUUUCUGAAAAUUGUUUUCAGAGCCAAAGAAACGGUCAGUGCGACUUCUGUUCAACUGAUUUUCUAUUCUGAAAAGAAAAUCGAACAACGAAAUUAGAUGCAAAAAAUAGAAACAAACAAACAAACAAACAAACAAACAGUCUGACGUGUCAAAGUGUGUCGUAAAAACCAGUUUCCUCCUUUACGAAAGAAGCCUGACAGCACGAUCGCGCUUUAGAUCCACAAUGACCUUCCCAGAAUUAUGCGUAUCUCUGUCUGUGUUAUGGAUUACACCUUGCAUCUCCACACACGACGGACAUCAUAGCGAAGUGAGGAUCAAAGUCAACCAUAUUCAUAUGCCAUUUCCUACUCUACAGUUCCCAAACCCACAGAUCAACACUAUGGUGAAACUAGUCAAGGACCCCAGUGGCACAAACAUAUAUGCAGGAAGCCCCCAAGGUUUAUACAUCUUUAAGGGUGACUCGGGAAAGCUGGCCCCGGUACAUAUGCCACUAUUUGAGAGUGAUUGCCAUGGCAAGCCAAAUUGUGAGUAUAUCAUCUCUGUCCUGGACGAAGGGACCAACGGGAAUUCAUUGUUUAUGUGUUGGACGGGAGAGAAUGUGAAGAAAUGCUGCAAUGUGCAGAACUCAAACCAUAAGCAUGUGGACUGCUUCAUUAUGGAAACUAGAGUACAUAUUAAAGAGCCAUCUUUGCAUAUUGGUGGCAUGCUGUUUUUCACCUUCUCUGGAGUGAGUGAUGAUCAGGGCUCUGUUGGACUCUACAAAUACACAAACAGCAGCUAUACCUGGCCGUCGUCGAGCGACAGGGAACAGAGAUACAUAAAAAUCAUAGCGGACAGAGGCAGCGGAUCACUGAAGGGUAAACUGUACUUCCUAUACAUAGAGAAGAACACCAACCCAGACCCUGAGACGCCACUCUGGAUUCCCAGAGUUUCUCAGAUCUGCAUGGACGACAAGGGUGGCGUUAAAAACCAACUGCAGUUCCGGUGGACGUCGAUGCUCACCGCUCGCCUGUUCUGCGGAGACGCGAAGAAGCGAAUCUCGUUCACAGAGCUGCUGGAUGUGGCCGUGGUGGAGACGGAACACUGGAACAGCACUAAGAUCUAUGCCCUCUUCAGAAAUGAAUACAACUUAAGUGCCAUUUGUGUAUACAAGAUGGCUGACAUCAUUUAUACUUUCGCAAAGUCCAAAUUCAUAGAGAAGGAUGAGAUGCCUGACUCUAACUUACACCGUCCUGGAGAGUGUGUCCCAGGCAAGAAUUUCCCUCCCAACUUUUUGAAGUUUAUGGAAAACCGUCCGGAGAUGGAGGACUGGGUUAGACCGGCACGCGACGCUGUGCUGAUCAGCCACCACCACCAAUACACCCACUUGCAGGUGGACCAUGUGGAGGGUAAAGGGACCGUCCUCGUCAUUGCGCUAGAGAGCGGCAGGGUCCAUAAGGUCCUGGAGCAGGAUGGGGAGGCCUUCUUCAUUGCUGAGUACCAGCCCUUCACAUCUCCGACCCGCGUGCAGAGCAUGCUGCUGGACAGCUUGACCAAGCAGCUGUACGUGAGCUCGAGCAGCGAGGUGGUCAGGGUGGAGCUGAGGAACUGCAGCCUGUACGGCACACAGUGCUGCUCUUGCGUACUGGCCCGAGACCCUUACUGUGGGUGGAGCACAUCCAGCUGCUUGCCCGCUAAGAAACAUUCAAUUCAGGACCUGGAUGGAAACUGCUCUGUUUGUCAAGAGCCCUCCAAAGCUUUGCUGCAGGACAAACCCCAAAAUACACCACCAACCAAGAUCAUCACAGAAGGCUCAGAAGUCCACCUGAACUGUCCUGCACUCUCCCACCAUGCAUCAUACACUUGGUACCAGGGAAAUAGGAGGAGAUUCUGCUUCUCCACUCGGCAGGGCUGCCUUUUAGUGAUAGCCAACGUGAGCCAGGAAGACCAGGGGACCUACCGCUGCCUCGCCACCGAGAACGGGCAAAACCUUCUGCUUGCCUCUUACAAGCUUAGCAUUAACAGCGGCCCCUGCGCGAGAGCGACUCCUCUGGUGUCAGUAUGCCUUCUGCUCCUGCUCUCUGUGAUCUGCUAGCACUGUCUGAACCAGUGCAGUUGGGACUCACUUCUGUGUAUUUGAAGAGUCCCUUUGUAACCAAACCGCCGUGGCGUCGGCCGCGCUGAGCACUGCGUUUGCCCCCCGUUUCCCCAAAGUGCACCAGUGCUGCCACCAACUGCCCACACAACGUUUCCCCCAAACGGCGCCUGUGAAUGGCACCUUCCUUGCUCCCGGCUUGCACGCUGGGGUCUCAGACUCGGGCAUUUGUAAAGAUAGGUGGAGAGAGACAACUGCUUUGUGACAACUGCUGUAAAAAGCGCUGAAUAAAUUAAUUUGACCUUCUG